AUGGCUGAGAACGAUAACGAAGCUGUAUAUCUGAGAGUUCAUCUACACUACAAUGGUGUAUUUGUUCGACAUCCUUCUGGGUAUGUUGGUGGGAAUACGUUCCUCUUCACUGAUGGUGAUUGGGCAGGUAUGGAUGUAAGGGACUAUUUUGAUUUUAUUGAUAGAGCUAUCGGGGAAGAGUUUAAAAAUGUCUAUUACUGCCUACCUAACAUCCCUUUAUCUAGAGGGAUUCGUCCCAUUAUAGAUGAUUUGGAUCUUGCCCAGUUUAUAGAUAGCGGGUAUGAAUACGGGGAAAUUUCAGUUUAUGUUGAUCAUAAUGGGAAUGGGUUGGAGGAAUGGUGGGAUGAUGACAUGAAUCUGGUUAUUAGUGAAGAUAAUGAAAGUGGCCUUGAAGAUGAUGGUGUACCAAGAAAAGAAGAAAACACUGCCCCUGAUGAAACCCAUCCCAAUGUAGGUCUUGAAGAUGAAUUAAUUGACAUUGACAAAGUACCUUUGAACAAGACAACUGGGGAUGAGUUUCUUAGUAAGUUAUAUCCUCCAGAAGUGCUUGUCAUAUGCGUGGCCACAACAAGGUUACUUGCCCCACAACAAGAAUCUGUAGUUGAAGGGUCAGUGAAUGGUGGUGCAGUAGGUGUGCAAGGAACAAUUAACAGUGUUGUAGGUGGUGUACAUAGAAGUGAAGGUGGAGUGCAUGGUGUUCGAAAGAAAAAGGUGAAAGCAAGAGGAGUGGGGGUUGCAGUUAGAACAAGAAAGCCUUCUGAGAGAAUUUUGAAAACAUAA